AUGUUCAUGAGUAGGAUGACGGACACGUUGGCUUUUAAAGACCCCAGCACGGUUGGUCUUCCCGAGGUGGGUGCUCCAGAAUGGGAGUGUUUGAGCAAGUUCCUAAGCAGGCCAUGGUUCAGUCGCGUCUGGAUCAUCCAGGAAGCAUCAGGUGUAGACUAUACGCUACUAAUGGUAGGAAAGGAUGCAAGACUCGGCUGGGGCCAACUUUCACAAGCAGUAAAUUGGUUCAUAGCUCACGCUUACCCAGACAACAUAGAUGGCCUCGACACAUUGCGUAAUAUCUCCAUGAUUGAUACAUGCCGCAGGUUGAAAGCAAUGCCAUUGAUGCGCAGACUGGAUCAGAUAUCUAGAUUCAAUUCUACUAUCCCACACGACAAAGUCUAUGCGGUAUUGGGGUUAUCUAUUGAAUCUCUAACGCCUGAGAGAUACCCGCGAUUACGAAUCGACUACGCUCGAGACUGGCAGGCUGUAUUCCGCGACGUUGCAAGACACUGCAUCGAAAUGCCCGGCUCCUGGGGACCCAAGUCGACACUACAUAUCUUAAGUUACGUACGCCAUGAGCGUAAUGACGAUGGAGAUUUUUCCUGGGACAAGACACAAUCCUCCUGGGUGCCGAAGUGGGAUAAAGUCCACAGCAACUGUGCUAUCGUACAGCGCAUGUACCACUUUGCUUUCCGAACAACAUACGGUACCGAACCAUAUAUCGUAGAAUCACAAGAUGACCGCAUACUUUCCUUGAAAGGCAUAGUCGUCGAUAGGAUUUCAAAGGUAUACACCCAUCUGAUCGACAUCCGUGAUGAUCAUGAUCCGAUGUUUUCCUUGAACGUUUUCCGCGCUGUCGUAAAAACGUGGAAGGCUGUCCUUCGUGAUCCUCCAUGGCGGUUUCUUGGCAGCAAUCAGUAUCCGCUUCUGGGGGAAGCAUUCGCGAGAGUUAUUACGGAGGGUUCUAUUUGCAGGCCGCCCGGAGCAGGGUCGGCCGGGCAGCAUUUUGCUGCGUAUUGGGAGGUGGGCCUUCGAUACGCAAAAGAAAACGAGCCGGGCACACUUCCGAGGUUCAGCAAUUUAUUUGCUCCUCUGAACACAGCGGUUGAGAAGUGGCCUUUUGAGGAAGGUAUUUCGAGCGAAGAAGCAUUGGAAAAACAGUAUUCAAUGGCGCUGAGUUUCAAUUUCGAUGUCGAGAUUGACAAAGCCAUUUUUGUCACUGAAACAGGGUACAUUGGCUGUGGACCGCCAAUUACACGAGUUGGAGACAAAGUAUGCGUACUGUAUGGUGGAAAAACCCCUUUCGUUGUACAGAAAGUUACGAAAGGAGAUGACUGCCCUGCGUGGCUGGACCUGGAUCCGGGCCCUCCCGCUAGCUUAGUCAGAAAAUUCAAAGGUCCUUUGAGGAGUUGGAGCCCGUUUCGAAAGAAGACGCCAAAACCGUGUAAACUAGUACCUACGGAAAGUCCUGCUCUUGCCCUAGCCGAUUACCACCGUCUCGUUGGUGAGUGCUAUGUUGAGAGGCUUCAAAAGGGAGAAGCACUAGACCUACGCGACAAGGGCGAUCUUCAAGAGAGUGUGUUUAAUCUGGUUUAA